CAUAAUCAGUUGGAAUAGUCGCGCCACGAAUUUUGUCGGGUACGCACGCAUUUAGCCACGCAAUCAAGACAACAAAUAACUUUUGCGAAAACUAAUAAUUAAAACUUAACAGUGGGAUUUUUAUUCUAUACUUUAAAUAAAAAAUAAAAAAACUCCGUUUUUUGUUGUUGUUAAAUCAAAUUAAGUGAAAAUGGCGAAAGAACCAACAAAGCUGGAAAUCAUCAACGAAUCACCGAAGGAAGCGAGGAAUGUGAAUAAAAUCGACAAUGAACUGCUGGAAAUGGUUUUCGGCACCCCGAACUCACAGAAUAAUAAUUCAAAACUAAAUAGCCCGCUACACCAUAACAAAUUUCAACCAAUCAGCAAAGCAACUAAUGACCCCGAACAACCGAGUCAGCCACUCCUGGAGCCGAACAAAGAACGGCAGAAACCACCCUUAACCGGACCAGAGAUUGAUGACUUAGGCGACGAUGCGGAGAAGCCAUCAGAUGCAACUCCAUACCAGGGCAUCGACGACGGACUCCUCGAACCAACUGACCCCAAACCCACAGCUCCGGGCGAAGGAACAGAUGAAACCCACAACCCCGAUGACGACGCAGAGGCCACGGUAGAGGACGGGCUCUCGGACGGUAAAUGGCCAUGGCUGUCGGAAGGGGACCAGCCGGAUUAUCCUUAUGAUGGUGUCAAUGGACUGAGCCCUAGGUUCGGAGUCGACGACAGACCCGGCUCUCCGAUUCCUUCAGUCACUCCCGACGUGAACACGUAUCAACAGAAGAAGAAUCUGGCGCAGGGUAUGAUGGACCUCGCGCUGCUGUCCGCUAACGCAAACCAGCUGCGUUACGUACUCGAAUCUCAAACGUCUCACCCGUAUUACUACCCAAGUCUUGCCUUUAUUGGACUAAGCAUCAUUUUACAGAUCGCAGUUGGAGUUGGUUUAAUCCUCAAUAGUCGUUAUGACGUUAACGACAAGAAAGAGAUUUGCAAAGCCGAUAAAAUAAAUAAUAUGACAGUGCUCGGCAUCUUCCUCAUCACGUUCGUGAACGUUUUCAUCGCUUCGUUCAGUGUUUCGAGCUCUGUGACGUCAACAGGAUCUCCGGUGACGCCGCAACAAUUAGCACCAAAUGCUUAGCAGCAAGAAACCUAAUUCGGACUCUAGUCAAAAAGGUGCUCUUACAAAAACUCUGAGUAAAGAUCAAAGAAUUACUAAAGAAACAUGUUUGGUGCCAUUGCUAAGCCGUAUUGGCGCCAAACUAGAUUCUGAAACUAAGCCUUUAAUGACUUUGUACACAACGGCGGAUCCAGGGGGGAGUUCAUGGGGGUC